UUAAUUAUAUUGUUACCUACUAGAAGUGCUUUGUAUAUUUCAUUGAAAAGGCGUGUUGUUUGUUUCGGCUCGUAACUCAAAACAAACUCCCGGGCUCAAAACGUGGCUCCAUCUUUUGGUUCAGUAUGGGUUUCAUGAAGAUGCAACUUUAAGUACUGCAAAGUUCACCAAUCGUAAAAAGUCAUAGUAUACACGUUCUCGUGGAACUUUAAGUAAUUUAGAAGUGUUCUGAGGAAAUAGUCAUCAGAAAUAAAUAAGUUUUUGGCGAAGGCGUUCCCGGCGUCCCCUAUUGAGCUCAACACCCAAUGUCCAGAAAAUGGCGGCGGUUUUAGUGCCAUCUCUUGAGUCUCCCAUGUUAACUGAUUCCAUAUAGUUGUUGUGAGUUAGCGCCUUAGCGGCACUUCUGACUUAAAGCUGUCGUGACUAUUUUAUACACACAAAGUAUUUUGGCCAAUAGGUCAUUUUAGAAUAAUAAGUUUGUGGUAAGACUCGGACGCAUUUGUUAAUUACGACAGUCAAAGAACUCCCCUCGUUGCUUUCUGUUUGACUGCUAGGAUUUCAAAAUGCCUGGAGGAGGCGAUACUGUGACGAUAAUUUACCCACAAGGGUGUAAGGAAGUCACAGAAGAUCUAACUCCUGAUGAGCUCAUUAGGAGAUUAAAGACCUUGGCACAUACCUUUCAAUCCAUGGGACAAGAAGAAGGGGCUUAUCAAGAAUUUGUGCCUCUUGCUCUUCAUUUAGCUGAUGACUUCUUCCUUCAGCACCAUUCACGAGAUGUCCAACUGUUGAUUGCUUGCUGUAUUGCUGAUGUUCUGCGUGUCUAUGCUCCAGAUGCCCCCUACACAGAUCCAGAACAAGUAAAAGGAAUCUUUCUUUUUCUUAUUCGUCAGCUAGGAGGACUUAAAGAUCCCAAAGAUCCUGCAUUCAAACGCUAUUUCUACCUGUUGGAAAACCUUGCAUAUGUUAAAUCUUUCAACAUGUGCUUUGACCUUGAGGAUUGUCAAGAAAUCUUCUGUGAGCUAUUCAAACUCAUAUUCAAAAUUGUCAAUGAUGAACAUUCUGGAAAAGUAAAGAGUUUCAUGCUCGACAUUUUAUGCCCUUUAAUAACUGAAUCCGAUUCAGUGUCCAACGAGUUACUGGACAUUAUAUUGUCAAACAUUGUUGAACCACUAAAAUCUCAACGGAAAAAUGCGUACAAACUUGCCAGGGAACUUCUGUUAAAAUGCAGCGACACUCUAGAACCCUACAUUCAAGCGUUUUUCAACCAAGUUCUUAUUCUCGGGAAAGAAGAUAAACAGCUUUUCAUUGCUACUAAGGUGUAUGACUUGAUUUAUGAACUUUAUCAUGUCUGCUCCAGAGUGCUUCUGUCAGUUUUACCCCAAUUGGAAUUUAAGUUGAAAAGUCCCGACGAGCAAGAACGAAUGGGUUGUGUUUCACUUCUUGCGAGAAUGUUUUCAGAAAAAGAUUCUCAGCUGGCCACUCAGCAUCGUCAGCUCUGGCGGGCUUUUCUUGGAAGAUUCAAUGACAUUAGCGUAGCGAUUCGAACGAAGUGUGUCCAGUAUUCAAUGCACUUCUUACUUAACCACCCAGAACUUCGACAAGAUGUUACGGAAACCUUGAAGCUCCGGCAGCAUGACGCGGAGGAGUCAGUUCGAUAUGAGGUGGUGACGGCGAUAGUUGCUACCGCUAAACGAGACUUUUCGAUAGUUUCCGACAGUGAGGACCUCGUGAAUUUUGUGAAAGAGCGAACCUUGGACAAAAAAUUCAAAAUUAGAAAGGAGGCUUUAACAGGAUUGGCAAUGAUAUACAAGACAUUUUUGGGUGAUCCUGAUGUUCCAGAAACAACUAAAAAAGCUGUGACAUGGAUUAAAGAUAAGAUCUUGCAUGGCUAUUACAUGACUGGCCUAGAAGAUCGACUUCUUGUUGAACGCCUACUCAAUACGUGUCUUGUACCGUACCAAUUACCAGCCGACGUCAGAAUGAAGAAGUUGUAUUACCUUUACGCUACUAUCGACGAGAACGCUACCAAGUCAUUCAUAGAGCUUCAAAAGAGUCAGGCCACAGUGCGGAAAGCUGUGUCCGACUUGACAGAAGUUUACUCACUUGAACCUGGCGACACCCGUGACAAAGAAAUAACCACAAGAGUUGCACAAUUGUCCAAGUACCUUCCGGAUCCAAUUAAGGCAGCUGAAUUCAUUCACAAAUUUGCUGUCAACUUGGCCACCGAUGAGCACAUGCUGCGACUCCUUGAAACCGUAGUUAAUCCGGAAGUUAGUUGUAAAGAGUGUGCAGAGGCUGGAACUCAACUACUGAAAAAGCUGGGUCAACCAGUCAUGACUAAUCUUUAUUACAAUACCGUAAAAUUACUAAUGGAACGGAUCUCUUCAGUGCUCAUUGACAAAGAUGCGGUUACGUAUUUGGUCCAAUAUGUUGAAUCCUGUUUAAGGCGUGAUGAAGGAAUGAUGGCAGAGGAUAUCGGGAUUGAACCAGAGACAGCUGGGGAAAAAGGGCUUCGCCUUUUGUUUGUUCUCGCUUUCGGAUUCCCAGCUCAUUUCAUGACAGAGGAUGUUUUAUCACGACUUGUGAACAUUCUAUCUCUUGAUAGCCAAGAUCAUAGUGUUAGUGCCAUGGUACUGUGUAUCCUCACCUUCGUUGGAAAAUAUCGGCCUUUGGAAACACAGUUCCAAGAUAUUGUCAGUCAGUUAAUCCCGAUCUGCGAGAGACUGGCAACUGAAGGUACUACUAAGCAAGCCAAACAUGCCAUGCGAUGCCUCCACGUGAAUAUAACAAAUCAAGAACAAGUUUUCUCGAAAAUUUUGGAAUCACUGAAAGACAACUUGGUUACGUCUUCCCCUCACUGUCGUACCUCAAUUGUGACUCUUGGUCAUAUGGCUCUUUUGCUUCCCGAUCGCUUUACUAUUCAGAUAAAAAACAUAGUUUCGAGGAAGAUUGUUAAAGAACUGUUACUUAAGAACCAUGGAGAAACAGAACACAUGUCAGCUGAAAACACAAAUGAUGAAUGGUGUGAGGAAGAUCAACUUCCAGAAGAGACACGAUGCAAAGUGGAAGCCAUGAAAAUGAUGGCUAGAUGGCUGAUUGGUUUAAAAAAUGAUGUUAUGUCUGCCCAGAAAACGUUUAGAAUGUUGACAGCUUUCAUCGCGCAUCGAGGAGACCUGUUUGACGGAGGGCGAAUUGGGAAAACCGAGAUGGCUUGGUUGAGAUUGUCAGCCGGCAUGUCUAUGCUGAAAAUUUGUGAACAGAAAGGAGUUGGCGAUCAAUUCACAGUUGAUCAAUUCUACAGUCUUUCUCUUUUGAUUGCCGAUGACAUGCCUGAGGUACGAGAACGCUUCACUGCCAAAUUGCAUCGAGGUCUCUAUCGAAUGCCUCUACGUUCUCUUCCGCUUGAUUUUAUGGGGGUUUACGCUUUGGCGGGAACUGAAGAAGACAAACGCAUCAAAGCAAUCAUUCGUCGCUCUAUGUUGGCUGAUAUAUCCAAACGACGUGAUUAUCAAAGAGAGCUUCAGAUGUCGGGGAGCAUGGAACGAAUGGCCGAUAAGUUGCCGUACAUUUUACCUGACUACAUGCUGGUUUACGCAGUACCUAUACUUGCUCACGAUCCGGAAUUCACUAGCCACACUAACACAGAACAGUUACUACGCAUUCGUCAAUGUCUUUGGUUCGUUUUGGAACCUCUGAUGAACAAACACGAAAAUUAUUGUUUUGGCUUCUAUAAAGCGCUGAUCGAGAGGAUGAAAAAUCAUCGUGAUGCACUCAAGCCAGACGACGAAGAAAGUAAUGCUAAACUUUGGGCUGUGUGCGACUUGGCGAUGGGUUUAAUUAUGCAGAAAACAACCAGCUUCGAGAUGAAAGACUAUCCGACUCAGCCAAGAAUCCCGUCAAUGUACUUCAGGACCCAUGAUGAUCCCAACUUUGUGAACUCAAAGAUUUAUUUACCACCCGAGUUGCAGAUAGCUCCUCCUAAAAAAGCUAGUACCGUUGGCGGAGGUGGCGUAGGAAGCGGAUUAGUUAAGGUAGCUGCAUUAAAAUCGUUCUCUGGAACAAGCACGCGAGGUAAAGGAGGAAGAAGAGGUCGACCGCCGAAACAAGAUCUUGACGACCUUCCGUCAGAAGAAGAAGCCGACGAAUCAUAUGAUCAGACAAUAAUACAGUCCGCUUCGAACGCUGAUGAAUCGAUGGCUACAAGAAGGUCUUCGCGUUUUCGUUCAGUGACGCCAAAUGCAUCAGUUGCUGCCAACAGUGGAUCCGAGGACUCGCAGGAAGCAACAGCGCCUAUUUCCAAAGAGAAACUAAAAUCGACAGGGACUAAAAUAACUUCCUACUUUUCACCGAAACAGCGGGCAGCUGCAGCUGCUUCCGCCGCAGUGGAUUCCGAUAAUUCAAAUAUCUCUCAAAACAACGGCAACGAAGAUCAACCCGAGUCAACGGAACAACCACCUGAAUCCCCUCCUAAACGUCGUGGACGGCCACCUCGUAACCCGGCACCUGAAACGAAUGAAAAAGAAGUGGAAAGUUCCGCUGCUGAAGAAGAAUUGGAGGUGGAGGUUAAGACGAGAAAACGAAACAAGGAAGAUGAAAAAGACACUAAUGUUGUUACGCCUGCUCGGAAAUCCGCGCGAUUGGCUAAACCCAAUUGAAGUUAAUUCCUUAUCAUUCAUACUGCUUACAUUGAAAAUGACCACCAUGCCCCUUUUUCUCCCUUUUUUUUCUUAUCUGGUUUCCUAUUAGAAGUUACAAUUAACUACACCUCCUCAGCACUUGCACACUUGCGUAUGAUAUCCAUUUUACAAAAAAAAAGUGAAAAAGAGCAAAAUAAUAAGUAAGAAGUUUGCUGCUGUCACCCGUCUCUUAAAAUGUGGUUAUUUUGUGCUCAACUUGGACGUUGAGCGACCGAGUUCAUUUACCCGAGUCGUCGCUUGAACCCUCUUGUGAAACGGUUUCUCAUUUUACAUUUGUGGGCAUGGGCAUUACAUUACAUUACUUAUUUUUA